UGCUGGACUUGCUGUGCGAGGAGUUAGUUAUUUCUUAUUAUAAAUUAAUCUACCUUCUGAUCUCAAAAAUAACCAAAAUUUCUUGAAUUUAGUAUGCACACAGGAAUAUAGAAACCAACAGUUUCGUUUUUAGUGUUAAAAAAAAAGAUCCAGAGAAGCUUAAAAUGCUUUUGACAGCAUGCAGUAGCAUAGUGGUUGUUGCUUGUUGGCGUUAAUAGCUGUUGUCAGCUUUCUCGUUGUGACUGGUCGUCUUCGUGAGCGACCAAGCAUCUGCCUUAAACAGAAGUUUCACAAACGAGUCGGCUGAAAUAUCAUGAAUGUGGACACAGUGGCAGAAAGGUGGUGCCGCGAAGGUGGUUGAUUCACCUUUGCUUUCUUGAGAUGAUUGAAAGUGUAUCACGACGAGCUUUGAGUGGCUCCAGUGGGAGCUACCACGUCCGAGGUGCAGAGCUGGCGCGAGACCGGAGGCUGAAGUCUCUUUCAGCGACUGUUGUUUUCCUUGAUGAUACUCAACAUACAUUUCAGUUAGAUAAAAGAGCAAAAGGACAAGUCCUCUUAGAUCUGGUAUUUCAACAUUUAGAACUCAUAGAAAAAGACUAUUUUGGUCUCCAAUAUUCUGAAAAUGGGGCCAUAACAUCCUCGUGUCCAAACCCAGAUGUGAUGAGAUGGUUAGAUCCUUCUAAACCGGUGAAGAAACAGAUAAGAAGUAAGGGUGGGCAGUUUUUCUUCAGAGUCAAAUUUUAUGUAUCCGAUCCAAGCAAAUUACAGGAAGAGUAUACUAGAUAUCAGUUUUAUUUACAAAUCAGAAGAGAUAUUCUCCAAGGAAGGCUCCAGUUACCUCCAAGUACGGCUUGUCUUAUAGCCAGCUAUACUGUCCAAUCUGAAUUGGGAGAUUAUCUUCCAGAAGAACAUGGUGCUGGCUACCUAUCCCGCUUACAAUUAAUCCCUGGGCAAACUGAAGAAAUGGAGAAGAAAAUCGCCGAAUUACAUAAACUACACAAGGGACAACUACCGGCGGAUGCAGAAUUUAAUUUCUUGGAUCAUGCAAAACGGCUUGAUAUGUAUGGAGUCGAAUUACAUAAGGAUUCUACAAACAAGGAGAUACAAUUAGGCGUGACAUCGAUAGGAUUGGUUGUUUUUCAAAACAACGUAAAGAUUAACGUAUUUUCAUGGUCAAAAAUCGUGAAAAUUUCUUUCAAGCGCAAGCAGUUUUUCAUACAACUUAGAAGGGAACAAUCGGAAAACUAUGACACAUUAUUGGGUUUCAACAUGCAAACAUAUCGUAGUUCGAAAAACUUGUGGAAGGCCUGUGUGGAGCACCACACGUUCUUCAGACUCCACAGUCCGAAGAUGAGACCUCGUCGGUUUCCCCUGACUUUGAGCAGUCGAUUUACAUAUUCUGGUCGCACGGAGUUCCAGACAGUGGAAGAUGGAAAGCACCGUGCUAGAGUAGAGAGGACUUUUAUAAGUGUUCCGUGCAGAUCUCCAAGUAAGCGAUUGGUACACGGCAUAACACAAGCUCCUAUUAUCGAAGAAAAGGGAAAAGCAGUUCUACCUCCGGCGAGACCACCAAGGCCUUACGACAAUAAGGUUCAAUCUCUUGGUGCUCGUGAACCGCGGCAGGCUUGGGGUGAAGGAAAUCCUAGUGAUGACGAGGGAGGGUUUUUGUCUGUCAGAGACGAAAUCACCGGGACGCAUACUCAAGGAGGCGCGUUUUCUCCAGUCUUGGGAUCUCGUGUCAUAAGUUAUGCGGAUGACGAUACGGCCACUGAAAGGAAUAUUUAUGAUAUUCCCGAUUAUAGUGAGCCGACAAGUUCGCCAGCUCCACAGAUUCUGGAAGACGGAUUGGUAACAAUCCGACUAACACCAGAUGAACAAGGUCGAUUCGGAUUCAACGUGAAAGGUGGAUUAGAUCUAGAAAUGCCCAUAUUGGUCUCUCGUGUUGCGCCAAAUACACCCGCCGAUCGUUGUUAUCCUAAAUUAAAUGAAGGCGACCAGGUUGUUUACAUAAACGGCAUAGAUGUAAACGGAAUGUUACAUGAGCACGUGGUCAAUUUAAUCCGGCAAUCUCGUGAUACUGGCACUGGCGAGCUAACGUUGACAGUCAGACCCAAUGCUUUGUACAACGCACUUGCUGGAAAUGAUGAAAACUCGGAAGAAGAACCACCUUAUAGAUACGUGCCAGAUGUACCGCACACAGCAGUUGGAUCUGACGCCCUGGCGCAGUCAAUGCUUUUACUUGCAGAUGGUCUGGCCAGCGGAGCUCUUAUCGCACAGUAUGAGCAGCUUUAUAGAAAAAAUUUAGAACUCACUUCGUUAGAAUCCAAGAAGCCUGAAAAUCAAAACAAAAAUAGAUACAGGGACAUUUCACCUUACGAUGUAACGCGGGUGAUUUUAAUGGGAUCGGUGAAUGGAGAUUACAUCAAUGCUAAUUAUGUCAACAUGGAGAUACCAGGUUCAGGUAUCAUCAAUCGAUAUAUCGCAACACAAGGUCCUCUAUCUUCUACGGUAGCGGAUUUUUGGCAAAUGGUUCUGGAAGCUGGCAGCACUCUAGUUGUAAUGCUGACCACGCUCGUAGAACGCGGUCGAACAAAGUGUCAUCAAUAUUGGCCUCUUCUCAAUGAAAGUCUUACGUUACGAAAUCUCACUCUCACAUCUACCGCGGAAAAUGUUGAAGAUACGUUUGUCUUCCGAGAGUUCAUACUGCGUGAUAUCAAUACAGGUGAAGAGAGAGACAUAACACACAUGCAAUAUUGUGGUUGGCCUGAUCACGGGGUACCAAACGACUGGAGACAGUUCACGACCUUCACUGAACGUGUGCGAGCAGCUCGAACAGGAAUAGUGGAACCAGCGGUUGUUCACUGUUCUGCAGGAAUAGGACGAACCGGAGUUCUUGUACUGAUGGAGACUGCCUUAUGUCUGAUCGAAGCCAAUCAACCUGUAUAUCCCUUAGAUAUUGUUCGAUCUAUGAGGGAUCAACGAGCAAUGAUGAUUCAGAAUGCUAGUCAAUAUAGAUUCGUGUGUGAAGCAGUCCAUAAAGCGUACACAGAAGGCAUCGCAAAGCCACUUCCAGAAUUCAGUAGGUGAGAUUCGUACCACAGCAUCUCAAUGGAUGUACGUCUGUCUAUUGAAAUCACUAUUUAUAGAGAAAAAAACGUGCCCAACACAUUUUAUACGCUGACAAUAACGCUCAUCAAGCCUGCUAGGAGAGAAAAUAUUUAUUGUGCAGAAAGUAGAGUUCUAAAAUUUAUAUCUACAUAUUAGGCUAUCUAUAUAUUUUCUUUUAGAGUAGUCAAAUUGCUUAAAACAGUGCAUUAAUUACGCGUAUCAAAUAUGUUAACGUUUAUUAACCUACGACUAUGUCCUAGUAACCUAACACGAGAAAAGACCAUACAAAAAUAAGCUAAUGUCGUAUAGUAUUCAUUUUGAAGUGAUCUUUAGCAACGUUAAAGUGAUUUAAUAUUACAUAGUUGCUACCGUUAAACGUGAGUGAAAUGUUGUGAUUUCUACUGAACAAAAAAAAAAGCAUACAAAAGUUCAGGAAACAAAAGAUAUUAUAAAUAAAUGUUUUCAUCUGCAAUCUUAAAUUUAUAAAUUAAAAAAAAAAAAAAACGCCGAGUCUAACAGUAGAUACAAUAUUAUUAUUUGUAAUUAAUAUUCAAGUGUUGUAUGUUUUAAUUUCAAAUUAUUCUAUUGUUUCUUUGAUUCGUAAAUGUAACAGUGCAGAUUAAAAUAUCAUCAAAAGGUGGGUUUCUUUUUAGCGUUUUUUAAACGAAAUGUGCAAAUUUUAAUUAGUUUUAAAAAGAGCAGUUGUGUCUGAAAAUGUAAUAUAGUGAACCUUUGUAAUAGAAGGUUUCUUUUAUAGGCCAGCUGCCGAUAUUUAUUUUUCUCUCUUCUAUUAAGUGUCUUUCAUAAAACGUAAGAUGACGUUUAAAGGUAGCAAUUAUUCUUAGUGGGUUAUAUGUGUUCUAUUACGUGUGAAAUGAACAUAUUUUGACAAAAAUGUACGAGUGAAAAUUGUAAUACGCCAUUUUCUUGCUGUAAUUCGUGAACCAAUGGCGCUUACGUAACUAUACUAAGUAGCGCAAAUAGCCCGAUGAAAUUGUGGUAUAGUUAUGUAUUCUAAUCAAAGUUAGGUAUAGAAUUUAAGAAUUUGAAUAAUCACAAUCAAAUGGUGUAAACUUAACGUAAAUUUAUAUGAAAUUAUCUUUGAAAAUUACAGGCGAACCACAGUAAUGUCUAUUAUAUUUUUACUAUACGAAAAAUCAGAUAAAAAAGUGCCGCUAAGAAAGACAAAGCAAAUGAAAGUGACCUUUCUUUGUACCACUUCUAUUAAUAGUACUUGUGUCUGAGAGUAUUCAAUAUUCAUGUAAUCUUUGAAAUGAUUUUGUCAACUAUUUGCUUCUUGCCUGGUCUGUUAGUCCUCGUAUCACAUAUAUUUUGUAUUUUCUUCAUGAAUGUAUUGUAUAUAAAAUUGAAACAAACUCAAGUCCAACAACAUAAGAUAUUCUUAUAAAAAUUUACUCAAGGUCUAUAUUCUUCACAAUUUUUCCAUCCAUUUUUGAUAAACAAUUUAUUUUUGUCCUUUAUUAUACAAUUUUUGACAAAAAAGAAGUAUAUAGCGAACUCAGAAAAGAAGCAGGUUCUUUGUAAAACUUGGGAUUAAAUUAUUAUUAUUGUAAAUAGAAUUCCAAAAAGUGAAAAUUGCAGAGUUUGAAAUAGUAUCCAUGUGAUAAAAUCACUCUUGUGUCGAAGGCCCAACAACCGUGCCUUUGUAUAUAAAAAAAAAAGCUUGAGAGAAUUUAAUUCUUUAAUUACCGCGCCGAUUAAACCUUUAUCAGCUUUUUUUUGCAGCUUUUCCAAGGCAGACAGCCUAUUUGUAUAUUUUUGUACUUUUAUUUUUGAGCGUACCUUUAUAAUUAAUGUUUCGACAUUUAUGUAAAUAGAAUUAAGAAGCAGAGCCAACUUUACAACAGAUUUAAUUGAACUCUUUCACAAAUAAUUAAUUGUAGAAAUUUUCGGGUAAUUGCGUAUCAUUGUAUUGUAGCUGUUGCAUAACCACUGUUUAUUUUAGGUCAAGCAUCAAAACGUUUCAUUAUAAUCCUACGAGCAAAGCUAUUUUCGGAUAUAAAUUUGGAGAGGAAAGCCCCGAGUUUGAUUAGUUGGAUAAAAUCAAUUCUAUACAGUAUUCGUUAUGUAAAUCGUGAUUUUGUGAAAAAGAUUUAGUACAAAGUAUCAUCGAAGACGUUAUAUGCCAUCUGUCAUUUUAUAUUUUAGUUGAAGACUAAUCAGGUUUGGAGCAGAUAUCAAGUAAUAUUCGAUAAUGCUGUGUAGUUAAGAUGAAUCUUAUUUGGUAAAAACAGUCGGUAGCUGUCUAGUCUCGUUAUAAAUUUGUACUUUUGAAAUAUCGAAUAAAAGCAUUUUACAAAAUACAA